CCAGCAGGACUGGUGGAAACUUAAUUUGACUAGUUCGUUCGUUGUUUGUCAAAGUAAAGGUAUAGCGACAGAAAAUAAGUUUAUGUUUAUACGUCCUUAUUGUCUGACAGUCGAUGGCUUACUAAGUUUGGUGUAAAUGUUCAAAUUGAUCAACUACGGCUUUCAUCGCGAAAUCCGAUUACUGCUAUGACCUGCAAAUUAGGUGGCCUGUUCAGCAUUGGCGAGGACUUUGAUGAUGAGGACGUGCUGGGGACAGACUGGGCUGUCCCCACAGCGUCUGGACCAGCCGAUGUGACAGCUGCUGUGUCAUUCUGCGCACUGCGUGCCUCCUCUGCUGCUCACAGAAUACAGGAGAAAAAUUGGCUUCAGCAAACUGGAGAGAGAUCAGCUGCCCUGUGUAAUGACACAGCAUCAAGGAACGGUACACACACUGUUGCUCUUGGUUUGAAGCAGCUCUCCUCCUCCUCCUCUGUUCAGCCUCCCUCCUCCCGUCCUCCCACUCAGAAUAACUCUCAGCCUGUUUUGGCAUCGCAGCAGAGUCAUGCUAACACACAAGGGUCGAUGAAGCCCUGUGUGGCUCAGGAUGAUUUUGAUGAUUGGGAUGUUGACCUGGCAGACCUGGAUGAGUGUGACGGCCAGAUGGGGCAACCGCUUCAAACACCUGCUCCAACUCCACCUGUGCUCACAGCGGGGCUUGCAUCUUCAGCUAAAGUGCUGCGACCCCCGACCUGUGGAGGGAUUCAGACACGACCUGAGCAAACCCUUAGGGACCUCAAGGUUGCACAGCAACCGCUAGGAUCAUCCAGUCAUAGCCUCCCUCAUCGGACCCUUUCUGCUUCUCAUGUGACACCUUCAAUUCCCCACCCUACUUUCCCAUCAGCACCUCCACAGUGUCCUGGUGUUUUUCCUGGCUUUUCUGCAACUUCCCUUGCACCCAGCCCUAUUUCCAGGACAUUCCCCAGGCCACAACAGCCACAGAGAUCACAGGCAACUCUAGGACCCUCUCCUCAGGCCCGUGGCCUCUUUGAGACAGUCUCCCAAGCUCCCCUUUCGUCCCCCUCUGUGAGCUCCUCCACUCUGAGUCCUCACCUCCUUCGCACCCCAGUCUUCACCAAUCGCCUGGUCCAGUUGGUAUCUGCCUCCAGUAAGACUGCUAAGAAGAGGCCUCGCUGUGAACCUCACCGGCCCAGGAGCCAAUGUUUCCCUGGCCCUGCUGGCCUCCUGCAACAGCAGCCUCAGGGUCACAGCCUGGACGACAUUGUGGUCUCUGUUCCUCAGGCUCCUGCUCAUGGUGCUGUGGCCCGACUGCCAAGCCAGGGUUCCAGCUCGCAGACUGAUGAAGACGAGUUCCGUGGCGGUGCCUGGGCAGCAAUGAAGGCAGAGAUGGGACUGGAUGAGAGGAACCCGUCGUGCUUUCUGCAUUCCUACAGUGUGGUCAUGGUGCUUCGAAAGGCUGCCCUGAAACAGCUGGCUAAAAACAAAGUGCCAAAUAUGGCCGUGCUUCUGAAGAGCAUCAUUCACACGCACGCUGAUGCCAAGGCUGUUUUUAAAGACCCGACAGGGGAGAUUCAGGGGACUGUGCACCGGUGUCUCCUGGAGGACAGAGUGGAAGAGCUCAAGCUCGGAGCUGUACUGCUGCUUAAACAAGUGAGUGUAUUUUCUCCCUCCCACCGGAACCAUUACCUGAACGUGACAUCCCACAACCUGCUGAGGAUCUAUGCCCCAGAUGGAGUCCGCCUGUCCUCCACCCAGCUUCCCCCGCUGGUCCUGGAACCGAUGUUGGCCGCUCAGUCUGGCACCAUCCUCCAGGAGCCGGUGUCUCGGAUGCAGCUGGUGUUUGACGAAGAGGAUGAUGAGAGAGAAGAAGCAAGACAAUGCACAGAGCAUGGCAAAGACCCUGAAGCCCCAGCAGACGCUAGAGUCGGCUCCAGUAGAGGCCAUCAAGAGCCUACUGGGAACCCAGCACCACAGGACCCAGGCUGGGAUGCAGAUGAUGACCUGGAUGAACUCCUGGGAGAGUUACCUGAGGACACCUACAGCUUUUGAUGCUACUUUGUGUCAACAAACACAAACUGUCGACUGACCUGAGUUAUUUUGUGACUGAUGAACAGUAAAUAUGUGAAAAUCUGAAGAUGGUGAAAAGACUUUUCCCCCUUGUACAUCACCUGUGUUUGAGAUCCAGGCCAUAAAUUCAGUUCACCACAGA